AUGAGUAUUUUUGAAAAAAUACUGGAAUCGUGUCCAGUUAUUGAACCACAGCUGAAUGAACUUUGUAAUAGUAAUAGUUCGGGACCUAAUGCUGAAUCGUGUAAAAAUAUUAAAGUUUACGUAUUUCUUUCAAAUGCCGAUUGUUACAUAAGUAAAGUAUUUUAUCCGUUAACUGUACUAUUUAUUAUAAUUGGUACAGUACUUAAUUUAUAUUCUUUAUAUUGUUUUACUAAAAUAAAUAAACGCAAUUCUCAAAAUAUUUAUUUAUCUAUAUUAUCACUCGUUGAUACAAUUAAUUUACAUAUUAAUUUUGCUUUACCUAUGUUACGAAAAAUAGAUCCAAUUGAUGAAGGAUUUCGUCGUUUAAAUCUGGUAUGUCGUUUAACUGGUGUAUUUACAGAAUUUUUUCUAAUUUUUCCAACAUGGAUUGUUGUUUUAUUAACAUUUGAACGUUUAAUAUUCAUUGUACGACCAUCAAAACGUCGUUCAUCCUAUACACAACUAAGAGCAAAAAUAUCGAUACUUUUCUUAGCAAUCGUUGUUCUAUCGUUAUGUUUAUAUCGUUUAAAGGAUUUGAAAGGUAUUGAUCAACUUAGUGUUUUUUCUAUUCUUGCAUGUGAUACAGACGAUGAAUCAUCUGAAAAAAAUGGAAAACGACAAUUAUAUGAUAAAUUAAGAUAUAUGAAUUUAAUAAUUUGGACAAUAUUACCAGAAUUUUUAACAUUGAUAAUGAGUUUAAUUAUAAUUUAUCGAAUAAAAUUAGUUGCUAGAAGAAUGCAAUCAGAUCAUUCACGAGCUUGUCAAACAAAAUAUAAUCAAGCAACAAGAAUAGUUUUAUUGAUAUCAAUACUGUUUCUUAUUUUUCAAACUCCAACAGGUAUUAUGAUUACACUUGAUUUUAUUUAUGGAAAAAAUAAAAGAACAACGGGUAUUAUAAUGAUUCUUGUUUCAAAUAAAUUAACUAUGAUUCUUUAUGAAAUCAAUUUAUCAUGUAAAUUUUUUAUUUAUAAACAAACAUUCCGAAAUUUUAAGGGCAUAUUAUGUACGUCAUUUUUUCAAUUUACUCGUCGACCAAAUUCAGCUAAACUAGGUCGACCUGUUCUGGAGAAUGUACAUCAUUGUUCAAAUCAUCAAAAAGUUCAUUUUAGUUCGUAUAAACAAUCAAUAACUUCUCGAGCUAGUCAAAGUGAUUCGUAUUCGAAAAGUGCUGAAGAAUAUCAUUAUAUUUUAAAUAAUCGUCAUCCUCGAACAAAUUCAACAAACAUAUCGAAAUUAAAUCGAGAACAAAAACCAUUAAAUGUUGUUAUGACUAAAGCAAAUGCUGAAGCACAUAUAUCAUUAUCACGGAGAGCUGAUUUAUCCGGACGAUAUGAAAGAAAAUAG